AUGUCUCAGGUAACUCCCACAUCUACACCUAUCAGGAGUGCGAACCAGAAGAAACUCCCACUAAUAGUGGAUGUUGCCAUUGAUAACAACACCGGGCAACAACUAUACCAAGUUCACGAAUCGUCUAAAUUGGUACGGAAAGAGAUGCCCAAAUCCAACCACUUUUCGCGUACCGUUAUAGCUGAAGAGACAGCUUUUUUUGACAGCAACAACACUAACAACUCCAAUACAGAAAAGACUCCUACUAGAAAUGUUUUAGGGACUUUAAGUCCCUCGUCACUUAAAGAGAGAAAAUAUGUAGACGUUGCCAACUAUCCAGAACCAAUUCCUACUACAAAGAGAUUUAACGGAGUUGAAUUCCAUCAAGACAUGCUUGCCGGUGUUCCUGCUGGAUUAUCUGGAAAUACCGAUGUGUCUAGUUCAGACAGCGACAUCUGGUCUGAAGAUGUUGAACAAGCAUUUGAAGAAGUAUUGAAACUCAUUCCCAAGAACGGACUUACUAAAAUAAAAAUUGCCGGUAGAUCAUGUGGUCGUAAUGAAUUAAUUUCCGAUUACAUCUUUACCAAAACUGGAAAAUUUAGAACCAGAAAACAAAUUUCGUCGCACAUUCAAGUCAUCAAGAACUUGGGGGAAAAUAAAAAUGUCAUCAACUUAAUCAACGAAGGUCCUGUCUAUGCCAAUGAAGAAGAGCGUAUAGACGCAACAAAAAAGUUUGAAGAGAUCUUCUCUAAAAUCAACUUGAAUAAAUCUUUGGGGUUCAGUGAUUCGUUAAAGCGCAACGGUAAUUUGCCACAACUUCAAGCACCUAAAAAGCGCAAAUCUCAAAAAUUGAUUCCUAAAUACAAGUUUGAGAAUUUCUUCAUGGCCGUUACUGAUCAAUAUAAUUUGAAUCCUAUUGUUUUCUCCAUCCAACACAAUGUUAUUGAAGUCAAAAGACUCAAGGUCAAAUCCAACGCAAAUAUUUCCCAGAGAUUUCCUGGCAUGGAUGAGUUCAGAACUUGUGCUAAUACGCCUAUUAUUCACAAUAUGGUGAAAGUAGUAUUCCCACCCUUGCCAAAAACUCACUCGAUUGAAUCUGGAUUUAAUUCGAGUUUCACAUUAAAGCGUGAAAUACCAAAUGAAGGUUUUGAUAGCACCUCGUACCCUCAAACAUUCAGUUCGUUUACUAGUAUUUAUUUGUUUGGAAAAGAAAGUUUGAAAUUUAAUACUGAUGGUCUUACAUUCAAUGAUCCUCAUGAUUUCUUGGUCAAAUUUUGGAAGGUGUUUCUUCGUAACUUGAUGGAUAAGAAAGAUGCUGCUAUUAAUGAUACUUUGAAAGGUCUCACGAUUAAACAGAUCAUGUAUGAAAGAUCCCCUAAUAGUGUAAAGCAAGUGCAGGAUGUAAGCAUGGUAGCUAAACUGAAGAUAGUGCUGGUUCUUCUCUGGGAAUUUGCAAGAGUUUCUGACUUUAGCGAAGCCGUUACUACAACUACCAAUUUGGUGUUGCCUCCUUUAACCAUU